UCGAAAAAGACUCGCAAAGAUGAGCCUCGGCCGCUCCAUGCGGAUUCAAAGUUCAGAAGAUGAGCAAAAGCGGAGGUGCGGCGCGCGUCCGCUUCUCGGAGUCCUCGUCCUCGUCCUUGUGCUUGUUGAAGUACUUCUGUUGUGGUUGCUGAUCUUUGUUGUUUAGUAUAUUUGAGAGGUUUUGAUUGCUGGACUGUUGGAUACGGAAGGCGAACAAGGUGUACUAGAGCGACGAGAACAGAUACGUGAGGAGAUGCGAUCGUGUCGGAUCGCUGGAUACUGAUUUCGACUCCACAUCCCCGAUCUACAAGAACCACCCCAGAACAACACAACACAUCUCCAGCAGCAACAUGUACUCAUUCCGAACAACAGGAUUCAACGGCUACGCAGUCCAAUACUCCCCCUUCUUUGACUCGCGCCUGGCCUGCGCGGCGUCGGCGAACUUCGGCCUCGUCGGCAACGGCAGGCUGUACGUGCUCGGGCUCACGCCGGACGGGAUCGUGGCCGAGAAGUGGUUCGAUACCCAGGACGGGCUGUUUGAUUGUGCGUGGUCUGAGAAUCAUGAGAAUCAGAUCGUGGUCGCGACGGGGGACGGGAGUGUAAAGUUGUUUGAUAUUUCGCUUAGUGACUAUCCUAUACAAAGCUGGAGAGAGCAUUCGCGGGAGGUGUUUUCGGCAAACUGGAACCUGGUCGAUAAGAGCACGUUCUGCACCUCGAGCUGGGACGGAUUGAUCAAGAUUUGGUCUCCGGUGCGGCCAACAUCACUUUCGACACUACAGCCCCCAGGCGGGCAACUAUCGUGCACCUACGCAGCCUCGUACUCGCCCUACAACGCGACGAUGCUCGCCUCGUGCUCGUCGGACUCGUUUCUACGACUAUGGGAUCCGCGCGCAGGAGGGAUGCCGACAAACUCAGUCUACGCCCACAACGGCGCCGAGAUCCUCUCGCUGGAUUGGAAUAAAUACCGGCCAGAGGUGCUCGCGACGUCGUCUGUCGACCGCACGAUCAAGAUCUGGGACCUGCGAUUUCUCGGCAACAACAGCAGCAGCAGCGCAAGCCCGGUGAACGAGCUACUAGGCCACGAGUACGCGAUCCGCAAGAUCGCGUGGUCGCCGCACGCGCCGGAGCUGAUUAUGUCUGCGAGCUACGACAUGACGGCGCGGGUGUGGAUCGACAGCACGGCAUUGAAGCAGCCGUCGACGACGUUCAGCAGCGGGCGGCAGCCGGCGCGGAGGCCGAACGCGGGGCUGCGGUCGCUGUGGGAUAAGCACACGGAGUUUGUCGUCGGCUGCGACUGGAGUCUGUGGGGAGCCGAGGGGUGGGUGUGCACCGUGGGCUGGGACGAGAUGGUCUGGGUCUGGGACGUGAGGAGCGCGGUGGUGCAGUAAGGUUUAGUGGUUAUGUAAUGGAUUACGUAAGAUAUUUGUGUAGGGUUGAGCCCUAGACACAGUAAAAAGCAGUCACGCGUAGGGUUCAGAGCAGGAGGAAGGGUGCGGCGGCGGGUCGAAUGCGCCAGGCAAGUUUUCAGGUUCGUGAUCGCAGCCCUCGACAACACCUCGACAACCGCCCAUUCACCAACAACCCGACAACAGAAAUGGCCACUUUCAGACCCCAGAUCUCGGUCUUCGGCACCGACGGUGCGCUCACCGACAAGACCGUCGCUCUUCCCG